CUGCAGAGUCCGCCCCGCCCCUUUCCCCCGGUCUUUCCUCUGCUAGCACUGCCGGCCGCGUAGCCGUGGCUGGCGGCGCUCGCUAAGAGGUCAAUGAAUUGGCAGGGGCUGGGCGAGAGGGACGCCCCUGCGUGUUGGGAUCCCUGUCCCUCCAGCCGGCUUGGGCGAAUGAUGCGGCUGCCCAAAGCCGGGAGAUCGGCGGCUUGAGAGCGGGACUCUUCCCGAGGAAUGACCAGUGGGUGUGCGAGCGCCGGAGGAGGAUGGAAAUCCUGUAUGAAUGUGGAAGCCAUUAGCAGAGUAAUUGCUGUCUGUUACCAUGACAACCAGCCGCUGCAGUCACCUGCCCGAAGUCUUACCAGACUGCACCAGCCCAGCCACUCCUGUGGUAAAGACUGUGGAGGACUGUAGCAGCCUUGUGAAUGGACAGCCGCAGUAUGUCAUGCAAGUUUCGGCCAAGGACGGACAGCUGCUAUCAACUGUAGUACGGACUCUUACCACGCAGAGUCCUUUCAAUGACCGACCAAUGUGCAGGAUUUGCCACGAAGGCAGCAGUCAAGAAGACCUGCUUUCUCCUUGUGAAUGUACUGGAACCUUGGGGACUAUUCAUCGUAGCUGCCUGGAACACUGGCUCUCAUCUUCAAAUACCAAUUACUGUGAACUUUGCCACUUCAAGUUUACAGUAGAGCGCAAACCAAGGCCGUUGGUCGAGUGGCUAAAAAAUCCUGGCCCCCAACAUGAGAAACGGACUUUGUUUGGGGACAUGGUGUGCUUCUUGUUUAUAACGCCAUUGGCUACUAUCUCCGGCUGGUUAUGUCUGCGGGGAGCAGUGGAUCAUCUGCACUUUAGUAGUAGGCUAGAAGCUGUUGGGCUCAUUGCACUCACUGUCGCACUCUUCACAAUUUACCUCUUUUGGACACUAGUAUCCUUUAGGUAUCACUGUAGAUUAUACAAUGAAUGGCGUCGGACCAAUCAAAGAGUUAUCCUUCUCAUCCCAAAGUCUGUCAGCAUCCCUUCUACCCAGCAAUCCUUGCUGGGCCUGCAUUCAGUCAAAAGGAACUCAAAAGAGACCAUUGUCUAAUUGUGAGAAUCUUUUCCAGAGGCCAUGAACUACAUAUGGUAGCAUCGUAGUUGGAAAGACACUUUUUGUAGAAGAAAAGACACGACUGUUGCAAUUUAAAUCAUGGAUGCUGCAAUCAUAUGAUAUUUGCUAAGCUGCCAAACAUGUCUAAAAUUUAGCAGAUACUGUAUGGAAUUUUCCAACACAUGUUGAUAGCUGCAUCACUAGGGAUGCAACUCUUUUCUAAUUGUGAUUAAAAACUAUGAUGGCAAACACUGCAAAA